CCCCUCUCCUCCUCCCCCCCACAGGUGCUCUCGCUACCGUACACCCCUCAGUUUCCGGAGAAGUGUCAAAAUCCCAAUUUGGAACACUAUGUUGAAGCCAUCAAUAAAUGUUGCAGCUCGUGUCCUCCAGGUUCUCGUGUGCUUCGCAGCUGCAAUGAAACUGUCAAUACACAGUGUGUGCCAUGCGAGGAAGGGACGUAUACACUGGUGUGGAGCAGAGCGGAACGCUGCUUAGGAUGCGACCCACCAUGCAGAGCUGGAUUUGUGGAAGUGACGGCAUGCAAGGCGACACAGAACCGGCACUGCUGGUGCCAGCCUCACCAGUUCUGCAGCCAGAGGAUCUCCAAAGGGGUGUGUCUCCGCUGUGAGGCUCUUCCCUUGUGCCAAAGAGGCUAUGGAGUCGUGAGACCAGGUACAAAAACCAGAGACCUGCAAUGCGCCCCUUGUCGUCCUGGAACAUUUUCAGAUGUGGAAUCUCCUACUGAAGAGUGCAAGCCCCACACGAUUUGCAAGUCCAUACUCAUCCCGGGAAAUAGCACCAGCGAUAACGUUUGCAGAGAGCCCCGGGGGCCGAAUGGUGGAGGAACCAUUUCUCCGCACACCACAGCGAGGGGAAGCGGGCCGUCACCCACGCAGCAUUCUGUUACUGAAGAUCUGACUCUGCCCGUCAAGAAAGACCCUCCCGGAGACGUAUCAUCCGCUGCUGGUUGGGCCGCUGGAGCAAUGUUUGCCCUCUUCGCGUUGAUCAGUGGGACCCUCCUCUGCUUUGCAUUCCAUAAUAAAAGCCAGCCUUGUGCUUCACUGUGUGGAAAUGAAAAACAGCCAUUUCCAGCAACCGAAAAGCUGCCCGGGAGUUGUCCUCAGGAUGGCAACAGCCAGGAAGAGCAGAAUCUGCUGGAGACUUCAGCUUCUUCCAGCAGUGGCUCCUUAGAUCAAGCUUCUGAGAAAAGCAGCAGGAUCAGCAGUGCAAGCACCCCAAAAAUGGAAGCAGAUGGACUUCAGCAAAGGUUACCUUUACCGAAUAACUGUGUGACCCACAGCAGAGCAGACUCAAAGCAAUCCAGUAGUGGAAAGACCCAUGUGAACGUAAGCUGCGUCGUCAGUCUCUGCAAUUUGGAUCACAGUGUGCCGUUCCAGUCUCUGGACGGUUCCAUUCCUGCAGUUCCCAGAGGCUGUUCUUCAGCGGAAGACAAACUUCCUCUUUCAAAGGAAGAAAGCACAGUGAAAAAAGAGCCCGGAAGACAAAUCGCUGUGGAAGUUGAGGACAAUAUGGAGAUCUUUGAUUUCCAGGAGAGAAAGCUGCUGCCGUUAAGCACACAAGAUGCAGGGAUGAAGAUAUCUUGAAGAUGGAGCCUGCACCAGAGGCGAACGGAUUGCAGUAAAGCAGCUGGAUGGCUUUCUACAAGACAGCUUUUGCUUUUUUAAGAAUGUGCUGUCAGCCCGUAACGGUGGCUGCUGAAACUCAGGUGCUUCUAGCAUUAGACAUAAGCAAUCCGGACAAAAACUCAGCUGUUUUAUAAUGGAAGGACUCAUUGAUGAUCAAAAAGAAAGAAGUUACAAUGAGGAAUGUCUUGAAAUGUGUGCUAUAUCCUGAAAGGCGAGAACCCAGGCUUAACGCAUUAAAGGCCCUGAAUUCACUCUCCGACGUCUUCAGGCAGAGCUGUGGCUAAGCAGAAAACGUGGACAUUUGCAGCACCUAAGAUAGCUCAUGAACUGAUGAUGUAACUUGUUAAAAGGCAGCUUUGUUACAGAAAACCCAUGCAUUUGCUUUGAAACAAUAGGUUGGAUUUUUCUGCUGGUCUCUUAAAAACUCGGGACUGUAAAUACAUGAGCAUAAUUUAAUGGGGGCCAGCUUCGUUUCUUCAUAGUAACUGUAUGGCAUUGUAAAAAUGUAGCAUUUUCUUCUCUGGACCUUAGAUGCAAACUGUUUUUAUAGUGAACGCACAUUCCUGUCCCCCCAAAAAUGCACUGUCAUUUUAUCUGUCAUCUUUUUGUUACGUUUUGUUGGUUAUAAAAUGAUACAGCCAGGCCAAAGGCAGGAUGGUUGGGACUUCAAGCCAAGGCACCAAAAUCUGGAGGCUGUAAAAAUUUGCUGUCGGAAGAGGGUCUUUCUUCCACUGGGUUCACAGACCACCUCUAGCUACUUCUCCACAGACAGAAGCAAACAGAAAGCAGGCACUUAAUGGAUAGGACGGCUAAGUCCCGAACACCAAAAUGGUUCGUUAUGGCUUUGUAAAAUGGUAAUGAGUUGAAAAUCUAUUCCCCAUCAUGUAGAAAAAUAAAUUUGGGUAGAAAUGUUGCAGAUGCAACCAGUCUUCUGUUA